AUGUCCUUGUCAUCACCCGGACAGGAACGCAGUGCCACUGCUCAGACCUUGGACUACAAGUGGCCAGACCACGGAUCUCCUGCCACUGCCCAGGGACAUUUUGCCAUGGAUCAUGCCGGGCUGAACGUUUCCACAGGAUCUGUAGACACUGGGUUGUACCCUGCUCUGAGCUAUGAAAGCCAGACGUCGUACUCCCAUCCUCCAAUGUCCCAGGCGGAGCCGUUCACAUUUCCACCCGCGGCCCAAUUCACCUUCACUGCUGAGCCCAGCCGGAGUCCGUAUGUUCCUGACAACUACAUCAGCCCUGGUGUGAGCCCUUCGGCAUCAGUGUAUGGCCCGCCCCCGGCCUAUGGACAAGUGGGACUCACCUUGGACUACACCGGUUCAUUUGCACCAGGAGUGUACGCAGGUCCUCAGCCUCCCGUGACUUUUCAGCCUGUUGGACAAGCCGGAUACCCACAGCGGACGGAGUCUUACCCACAGACACUUCCAAUGAGGCCACUACUCCCAAGGACUGAAGGUACCACAGCCACUUCGCCACAACACACACAGGCACCUGCCAGUGUAUCGAGGCCUUUUGUUCAAGGCUCUCAACAGGCACACAACGUUGUGUCGAGUCCACAACAUGGAUCUCAAUGGUAUCCGAAUUCCACCCGAGGACCUACACAUGCCACCUCAUUGCCACCGCAAGGAUCCAAUGCAGUAUACCCCGCUCCGGGGCAGGUGCCUACCAGUUAUCCGGUCCAGCCAAGCAUGGUCACUUACAGCCAGCCGGUUGCCUGUGUGAAUCCAGAGCCCUAUGGAGCGUCGACAGACUUUGGAGACCUUUUUGACCUUGGUUCCGUGGACACAAGCUCGUCAUCGGGCAUGUCGAGGUCAGGAUCAGAUUGUUCAUCUUGUGAGUCGUGCAAUACUGAUGAAGAUGGUAGUUACAUGCCAGGGAGUGCUCUGUCGUACCCAACGCCGGCCAGUAUGUCUGGAUCUUACCAAGCCGUGUUGCCCCAGCCAGAAGGACAAAGCCAGUCUGGAUCACAGUAUGCUGGAGGUGUUGCCCAAAGCCCGCUCGUGGACAUCACCAAUCAGGCUGCUUCGACGGAAAGAGAUGAAUGCCGUUACAGGACCGACCCUCUUUAUGCUCGUGGCCCUUAUGCAGACGGGAUGUACCGCUGUCCGUUCGCAGAGAAGGAUCCAAGCUGUGGCCACCAACCUACCAAGCUCAAAUGCAACUACGAGUACGAACCUACACGUCCUUCUACGCCUGUCGAUCAACGCACUGACCUCACCGUGCCUCGCAGCAAAUUCAUUGACUCCCACCUGAAGCCCUUCAUUUGCAAGGCCGGACAAUGCGAGAACCAGAAGUUCUCCUCCACCGCCUGCCUCCUCCGGCAUGAAAGAGAAGCUCAUGGACUCCACGGACAUGGCGACAAGCCUUACACCUGCCUGUAUGCCGGCUGCGAGCGAAGCAAUGAGGGUUCUGGCUUCCCCAGGAGGUACAACCUGAUCGACCACAUGAAGCGCGUCCACGGCUAUGUGGCGGAGACGGCAACCGUCGUCGGGAGCAAUGACCUGGAAGGAGAAACCUCAAGCCAGAGGAAAGCCGGAAACAGGAAGCGCAAGUGUGCUGCACAUCCGUCAGCAGACCCGGAAGCACAACGCAAGCUGGCAUCGGUCUCCUCUCCUGCACGGCCAAAGUUGGUGCCUCACGGACACUCCAGGCCCAUCGCUCGUGGUGUUCAGCCAUCCCGUGACCAUCCCGGGAGCCAGCCCAUGGAGAGAAGCCACCGCUCGUAUCCAGGUUCCAGCCAGAUGUCAUACCCUGCCACUAUGCACCCUGGAUACAUGACCCAAGGACAUGCGCCGGAGCUCCGUAGGCUGUCUGUCCGCCGAGGCUGA